UUCUGCAACCCAUAAAACAUCUUGACAUGAUUUUGGUGCAUUUAUCUGACUGCACAGAGUUGCACCUAUGAAUAUUGUAUAACCGUGCAUCAUCCAAUAAGAGCUUUGACUGGAGCUUCUCCCUUGUGCAGGAGAGGUUACCUUAGGUUACACUUUCAGAACGGAAACAUCAUAUUUUCAUCAGAUUGUGGUGGUGAUUGCAACAUUUUCUUUAUACAAUUCUGCAGACUAUAGAGCAGCAGGUGUGGCCUUUCCAGCACUCCUGGUUGCAUAUAAGAAAUUUUUACUUUUUAUAUGAAGUUUCAGUGAUGAAAUCAUCGUGGAUUGCUUCUAAUUUGCUGAUGCUUGAGGUAAUUAGAGUGGAUUGUAAUAUAUUUGCAUUCCUCCCUCCCAUGCUGUGCCUGUCAGCUAGCCGGAAGGUGCAUUUUUUCGCACGGUUGUUGCGAUAAGACUUCUGCUGGGACCGACUGCAUCCACCAGCAUCACACACCCCUCAGCACCGGUGAUGCAUCCCCGCGGCAAGGGCACGGCCAACUCCUCCUCAGAGGCGAGUCGACUUUAGAAUGGUGCAGAAAUCUCUCAACGGCGGGGUCUACCCAACUCAAGCCGAAGAGAAGAAACCCAAAGUCGGGUUCGUUGGCUUGGAUCCGGGCGCGCCGGAAUCCACCAGGGAUGGGGCGCUGCUCAUUGCGGGCUCGGAGAGCACAAAGCGGGGCAGCAUCCUCAGCAGACCGCGGUCCAGCAUCUCCUGCGGGAGACCCAGACCGUCGAAGAACAACGCCAGCUAUCGGAAACUACAGAGUUUCCUGUACAAUGCGCUGGAGAGACCGCGGGGAUGGGCGUUCGUCUAUCACGCUUACGUCUUCUUCUUGGUCUUCUCCUGCCUUAUUCUGUCAGUUUUUGCUACCAUCAAAGAGCACAAAGACAAGUCGGAGAAUGCCUUGUACAUCCUGGAGUUUGUGACUAUCGUGGUGUUUGGAGUGGAGUACAUAGUGAGGAUAUGGGCUGCCGGCUGCUGCUGUCGUUACAGAGGAUGGCGAGGGAGGCUGAAAUUUGCCAGAAAGCCUUUCUGUGUCAUAGACAUCAUGGUGCUGAUUGCUUCGGUAUCUGUGCUGGCAGCGGGUUCACAGGGGAAUGUUUUUGCCACUUCUGCCAUCAGAAGUCUUAGAUUCCUGCAGAUCCUGCGCAUGCUGCGCAUGGACCGCCGCGGAGGCACCUGGAAACUGCUGGGAUCUGUAGUUUAUGCCCACAGCAAGGAGCUCAUCACAGCCUGGUAUAUAGGCUUCCUGUGCCUCAUCCUGGCUUCCUUCUUGGUCUAUUCGGUGGAAAAGGAGUCAAAUGACGAGUUUGAGACAUAUGCUGAUGCUCUUUGGUGGGGACUGAUCACUCUCACCACCAUCGGUUAUGGAGAUAAAGUUCCCAAAACCUGGAAUGGACGCAUGCUGGGAGCUGCUUUCAGUAUGAUUGGAGUGGCUUUCUUUGCUCUUCCCGCUGGCAUUUUAGGUUCUGGUUUUGCCCUGAAAGUCCAAGAGCAGCACAGGCAGAAGCACUUUGAGAAGAGGCGCAACCCUGCAGCUGGUCUCAUUCAGACUACUUGGAGGUAUUAUUCCACCAAUCUUUCCCGGACAGACCUGCUGAGCACUUGGGAUUUUUAUGAGCAGACGGUGGUGGUUCCAAUGUACAGAAUUAUUCCUCCUCUGAAUCAGCUGGACCUGCUGAGGAAUCUGAAGGGCAAGUCAUUCAGGAAGGAGUCUCAGGCAGAACCCUCUCCCAGUCGGAAGCCCAGUCUGAAAGACAAGGUGUUUCCCAGUCCUUCCAAAGCUCCAGUAGUCAAAGGGAAAGCUCCCUUUCCAGGGGUGGAGGAUGGCGCUGAGGCGAGUCCCAGCAAGGUCGCCAAGAGCUGGAGCUUCACUGAAAAGAACCGAGGACAGAAACACUCCCUAAAAAUCAGGGGCAGCACCUCACGCCAAAACUCAGACGUGCUGAUUGAAAUGCAGGACGACGACUUUGGACUGAAGAGUUCUCCAGCAAUUGAAGGUUUAAUAAAGGCAAGCCUCCCGGGAGAGGAAAUCGGUGAUGAUAAGAGCUGCCACUGUGAGUUUUUCACUCAAGAGUUACCUCCAGGAUUGAAGGUUACAAUUAGAGCAAUUUGCAUCAUGAAGUUCCUGGUGUCUAAGAGGAGGUUCAAAGAGAGCCUGAGACCUUAUGAUGUCAUGGACGUGAUUGAACAGUACUCCGCAGGACACCUGGACAUGUUGUCUCGCAUUAAGAACCUGCAGUCCAGGGUAGAUAUGAUUGUUGGGCCCCCUCCCCCAACAACACCUCGUCAUAAGAAGUCCACUGAAGGUCCUAGAGUUGACCAGAUAGUUGGAAAAGGCUCUAAAGCUGACGGGGACGUCGCAGAGGACCAAAGCAUGAUGGGACGUCUAGUCAAAGUAGAAAAACAGGUGGUUUGUAUGGACAGGAAACUUGAUUUCCUGGUGAAUGUGUACGUGCAGAGAAUGGGCAUCACCCAUUCUGAAACAGAGGCCUUUUUUAACUCCAAAGAGCCGUAUCCAGCACCGCCUUACCACAGUCCAGAGAAGACAAAGGAAGAAAAAGAGGAAAAGGAGGAGGAGAUGCAGAAAAAGAAGGGGAAGUCGUGUUCAUCAGAUGGCCAAUGUUCGGAAGUAUCUCUGGAAAAGAAAGAUCCUUUACUUGGUCAGUCAGCAAGAUCAGUGAGUACUCCAUCUGGCAGCCACAGCCGCCCCUGUACGUCAUGGCAACACCAGCUGCAGCACCCCCUCAGCCAGCCUGCCUGGGGCAGCAGCAUGGCCAACACCCCGUCACCAGUUGGUGGCGGAGGUGACCAGUCGCCAAAUAUGUUCCGCCUUCCGCCUCCCCCUGCUCCGGUGCUCGACCGAUCGUCCUCUGCUCAAGGCAGGAGCGGCAGGGAGAGCAGACGGUGCCACAGGAGGCAGAGGUGUCAGCAGGACGCCACCGCCGCAGAGAGCGACACGUCCCUCUCCAUCCCAUCUGUUGACCACGAAGAGCUGGAGCGCUCCUUCAGUGGCUUCAGCAUCUCUCAGGCCAAGGAGGACUUCUUCGGGCCUUCUUUCUUUACAGGCUCAUUAGGAGGUGUGAUGGAGACAGAUGCUGGAGCUGGACCAUCACUCUGUGCCAGGGUCAGACCUUUUAUAGCCGAAGGGGAAUCGGACACGGACUCUGACCUGUAUGCCCCUUCACCUCUGUCCUUCACUGGAGAGGCUGCAUACGUAGAGAGGGGGUGGCCCGGGCUGAAGUAGGUCAGAGAGGUCUACUGUCUCCAGGCUGGGGGUGACGGAUCAGUGCCCAUACCAGAUCCGUCACUCUUCCAGCUGUCCGUCCACGACGACGCCGUCACAAACAGACUAAACGGAUUCAUUCUCAAGGCCAACAAAAAACAUGACUUCAUAAAAACUAAACUGUUUACGUUUUAUCACCUUUUAUGAUUGUAAACCAACAUUUCAUCAAUUACCCUUACCUUUGCUUUGUACAAUUUAAGAUUUUACAUUCUUUUUAAUUUAUCAUCAUUUAAAAGAUCCUUGUGAGGGUAUUAUUUAUUUAUUUAAACAUAAUUUUACACGGAGGAAUAACCACUUGAGAUGAAACAUCUCGUUUUUGAGUGGGUCCUCCUUUACAACAAAAAGAACAGAAACGAAGAGCAAGACAGCAGAGCAAAAAUCAAAAUCAAAACAUUACAACAAUCAUUUACACACACACACACACACACACACACACACACACACACACACACACACACACACACACACACACACACCCUCAAAGGCUCACAAUACUUCACCCCACACUACAUGACCCCAACUAACAAGGACUAAAGAAAAGCAACAGCCAGUUGAACAAAUACAAUUAGUAACAUAGACAAUUAUUCCUGAAGAUGAUCGACCAGAACCCUUCGAAAAGUAGUGAAUGAUGAUAAACGACGAAUAGAUAAAGGAAGAUUAUUCCAAUCACACGGAGCCUUAAAACCAAAAGCAUGUUUCCCUGCCUCUCUUUUCACUCUAGGCUCGUAUUAGACUCCUACAACUAUCAAAUCUGUUAAUUCAGCUACUUCUGAUGAUGUUUUAGGUCAUUGUUUUCCUUUCUAACCUGAAUGAGUGCAGUUUAGCACUUUUCAUGUUAAAAACCAGUUAAAAGUUCAAAGGACAGUGGGAGCUUGUAAUGCAAGGUUCUGAAAACCUUAAAAAUCACUUGUUUAGCAUAAUGUCUUGAAAACUUCUAUAUAUUUGAAUGACUUGAAGUGUUAUAAUGCCAAACCUAUAGCUAUGGUAAUCAGACUCAUGCAGAGUAAAAAAAAAAAGCUUGCUCUCUACAUCGGUGAUUCAGCUUUCAGAAAAGUCCCCUAAGAGUAAUAAGAUAUUCUUCAGUGAACCAGUGACCCUCUUGCAUGGCAUGCUAAAUGGUUGAUUUCUAGGACUGUGUUAAGCAGGCUGUAAACCAAACUGUGGCAAAAAUGAACAAAUAAAUAUGAUAAUCUCCAAAACUCUACUUUUUAAACCUGUAGAGACAAAACAGUCAAGAAAAAGUGAAACAAAACACAAAGUGCACGCGUGACUGGUUUCAAGCUGCAGCGUUUUAAUGUUUCAAAGAGGCUUUGCUUGAAUCCAGUCAUGUAAAAGCUGUUCAAGCUCGCUUCUUUUAACAGCCACCGUGCACAAAUCAUGUGCAACAAGUAAAUACUGCAUACAUAGGUAAAUGUUAGGGGCUGUGAGUUUUUUCUUUUUGUAUUGGGAUCACACAACGUGCACUGUUGGAGAUGGAACAAAUACAAGUGAAACCAUCCCACUUGGACAUGAUGGUGUUGAUCUUUCAUGAAGAUGCUCUGUCGGCUCUGCACUAGAUGAGAACAUGCAAUAAUAUUUGAAAUUUAAGAAAAGAUAAUGUAAAGGGCAAUCAAGAACCAUCCUUAACACACAUUGCCUUAUUUUCACACCAAAACUAAUUUUUUAAGUCCAUAAACCAAACAUUUCAUUUUAAAUGUUUAAUAAAAAAUGUUGAAAGUGAAAUUUCAGGUGAUCUAUAAGAGGUUUGUUGUCUGGAAACAUUUAAUUAAUAACUACCCAUUUUAGACAUUGACAGUUCUAAUUAAGACUAGCUUAAUUACAACAUUGACUUUAUCCAUAGACAUAGACGAAAUCCAUAGUUCAUCAGUAAUUUGCCAACAUUUAUUAGUUUAUUUUUAGUCUGAUGGAAAAGUUUGACAUCAGUCUGUUAAUCCAGAUUAAUCUCCAUGAUGUAACUGCACCUUUAUCUCCUUCAUUAAUAAAACUUUGUACCAAAAAUUAUGACUUCAGCUGAAUUUUUCAUGUAUUUUUUAUGGGCACAUGGCUGCCAUGUUUGACAGGAUGAUGUAAUGAUUAUGAUCAUCCACCAGAUGGCAAGAGAGCUAAACCAGGUAGGUAGGUAGGUAGAUUUGGUCGGAUCAUUUGUUCAGCAUUGUGAGGCCAGGAUCUUAGUUGAAAAGUUGGUACAAAUGGGAGCUGAUUUGCCCAUUAGUAAAAGCCGCAAGGACCUGAGGCUUAUUUACUGGAGCACCCGGGGAUUUGCACAUCUUGAACAACAAAAGCAUCAACUGAAUGUGCAAGCAACCAGCAGAAACAUGCACUUAAUCGUUUUCCCCUCGCACUCCUUGUUCUUUAGUUGUCUUCCCCAUCACUCCUCGUUCUUUAAUAGUUUUCCCCGUCGCUCCUCCUUCUUUAAAAUCUAAAUGUUGCAAAAUAAACCACAAGUAGAUUUAGCAUUUCAUUAGGCGGAUUAGAAAUACAAGUUAGGCCCAUAAUGCUGGCCGUGGCUUUUCUUUUAAAAGGUUGCCGUUUGCUUUUUGCAUCUUUGUGUGUGCAACGUUCUUUUAAAGAUGAGGUUUGUGUUUAAACAGUGUCAUUAGAUGGAGAUAGAACAUUGACCCUUUGAUGAUGGAUGUGAAGACUGAGCAAUCAAUGAAACCAUUACAAACCUGAGUCUUACAAAAGUCCUGACAAAUGAGAAGCCAAAACAGAUGUGACGCAUACGUUUUGGUAUAAAACAGCUUCAGCCAGGUGCAAAUGAAUGGGAAACUCAAAAAAUAAAAAAGAAUAAUAAAAGCACGUCUCCAAAAUCUUCGUUUUUGGGCUUUGGAUGAGGAAAAAUACAUCUAUACCGAUGAUUUAAGGUAAACUGAGAUUAAAUACGAAGGUUUCUUUUUCCCAAGACACUCUAAAAUUACAGAUGAGAGGAAGAAACACCUGCAUGUCCUUUAGUCCAGUUGUGUUGUGUAGACAUCUGGUGGUCUCCGUGGCAACACUUCAUUUAUGUAUGGUGUUUGGUAUCAUGAGGAAAGACCUCAGUGUCUGCAUCAAGGGCAAAUGCAGUCAGCUGACCUUCCUUCAUCCCCUCACACACACACACACACACACACACACACACACACACACACACACACACACACACACACACACACACACACACACACACACAC